UUGCUAGCUAGGCAAUCCCUUUGGAACAUGGCACUCCUGUCACAAUGGCCUUACUGACAUUUUAAUCAUCUAUAUCGCGUUUUCUAAUCUUACCGGUAUAAAAUACACUCUCCCCAUCAACGCCCACUAACUCAUUCGCUCUCAAAACUUCUUGGCUACUCCAACAAUAUAGCUAGGAUGGAGAUUGCGAAGUAUCCCUCGGCCUGCCUUCCUCUGGCCUUUGCUUUGCUUCUUUGUCUUGCUGUUUCUACAGAGUCACAAUCCUAUGGCCAUGGAGGAAACCAGGACCAGAUCAGGGCAGAUGAUGUUCAGAGCAGGUGGUGCAUUGCUAAACCAUCGGCAUAUAAUUUUGAGCUUUUGCGCAACAUAGAUUAUAGCUGUGGGCAAAAUGGAGUGGACUGCGGGCAAAUUCAACCAGGUGGUGGCUGCUUUCGUCCAGACACUGCCUUUGGACAUGCCUCCUACGCUAUGAAUCUCUUCUUCAAGGCUGCAGGAAAGCACCCAUGGGAUUGCCAUUUCAAUGGUACUGGCAUUGUUGUUACUCAGGACCCAUCCUUUGGUACCUGCACCUAUCCCCUGUAAUGCUAAGAGAUCAGCUCGAGACAAGAAGGGUCUUCAUGUUUAUUAGUAGUUUGAAUAAUUUUUCAUUAAAGGAUCCAAAAUUAUGAUUUCCCAUCUUGUAAUGGGUAAAAGAGAGACAAUCUCAUUUUGUGAAACGACGAUGAAUGGUGUCAAUGCAUUCCUUUGACUUCGACUA